CAAAUAGAUCCGGUAGUACACAGCUCUAUUUACAAGCAAAAUUUUCAAAAACAAAGAGCGAGUGAGUUGAACUGAGUCAAGCUCAACUCGGUCAUGUAUCAAUCCAAGCAGCAGCUCACAAUUCAAACAAAUGCUCUGCCUAUCCAAGAUUCAUCAGCAUCAGUGCAAGUGGAUCAAAAGGAAACUUCUGUAGUUGGAAUGCAAAAUGGAGGAAAUCCACAAGCAGAAGCCUUCAUUUACCAUUCGAAGAGACUUCAAGAUGAUCUACAAACGCUAGGCCUGAAAAUCAAGCUGCAUGAGGACCACAUAAAACUUUUGAAGUCCCAAGGCAACAAGUUAGAUGACUCGAUACUUGAAUCACAAGUUAUUCUUGGCAAGUAUCAUUCUUCAAGUGGACCUAAGACUGAGAAUGAGAACCAUUUCAGCCUUCAAAGUGAGGAAGAAACAACAGGGCAGAUUCUCCAGCAUGAAAAGUCUGCUGCAGGGGUUUUUUGUAAGCUGAAAACACGUCAUGGCUCUCAGGCAUCACAUCUUCAAUCAACCAAGGAUGUUCUUGGAAUCGUUGCUUCACUUGGCAUUGUCGAGGAUGAAAAUCUUAGCAGGAUUUUCUCUGAGUACUUAGGACUGGAUAAUAUGUUGGCAAUUGUUUGCAAGACAUACGAAGGUGUUAAGGCUUUAGAAACAUAUGAUCAAGAAGGCUAUAUUAUUAAAAGUUCUGGUCUUCAUGGGCUUGGUGCUUCUAUUGGGAGGACUAUAGAUGACCGGUUUCUUGUCAUAUGUCUUGAAAACUUGAGACCUUUUGCGGGUGAGUUUGUAGUUGAUGAUCCACAAAGGAGGCUUGAUAUUCUAAAGCCAAGAUUGCCUAAUGGGGAGUCUCCACCUGGCUUUCUUGGCUUUGCGGUGAAUAUGAUUGAUGUGGAAAGCAAAAACUUGUUUUGUGUAACUGCUAGUGGGUAUGGCCUUAGAGAGACUCUAUUUUAUAAUCUUUUUUCACGUCUGCAAGUGUAUAGAACAAGGGCCGAAAUGCUACUUGCUCUUCCCUUAAUAAGUGAUGGAGCUCUUUCUUUGGAUGGUGGAAUCAUCAGAAGCACUGGUGUCUUCUACCUUGGCAAUCGGCAAGAUAUAGAUGUGAGAUUUGCAAAAUCCUCUGGGAUGUUAAACAAGCCUGAUUACUAUGCUGCAACUGAGAGGCAGAUCCAGGAGAUGAAAUGGAAAAAGGAGAAUUUGAUGGAUGAUUUGAAGAGAGAAACUUCACUAUGGAAGAGUGCAAAAGAUAGUUUUGAAAGAAAGAAGGAAGAGUUGCUCAAGUUUUUGGCGGAUAGUGCAACCUAUGCAAGCCAGGUUGGAAACAAUUUGCUGAUUCAUCUAUCUUGUUCCAGAAAAAUUUAUGCAGGCUGCUGCACAAGGGAAAUUGACGCCAAGAUGAUUUUGACAAAGAACCAAGUUGACUCUUUAACAACAAAAAAAUGGGGUAAUCUUUCAGAUUCUCAGUGAAGUCUGAAACUUUUAACUAGAUCAUUGUACUGAUUAUAUAGUCAUGGGCAGAAGCAUGACUUGAAGGCAGAGUUUUGUGCUUUACCAAGCAAGAUUGAGUGAUGGCUUUUAUUGGAUUCAAGUCUUGGUGAAAUGGGACUUAGGUGUUUCAGGUUUUGCUUGGCCUUCAGAUUUUAUGUAGGAAAACUAGUGCAAUUCAUGAUUGUCCAAUGAUGGCAAAUGUGCACUGAGGAAAAAAACAGAAAUGAUUUUUCAAUUUUUGCUUAACGGAUGCACAUUUUAGUGAUUUGUACAGUGAAUGAAGGCUGUUUCAGUGCUGCAUUAUUGCCCUUUUCAUGUACUCUGAAGUUUGAAUCAAUAGAAGGGUUUUUUUUUUCAUGAA